ACCCGGAAAGGGUAAAGUUCCUCGCUCCUCUCUUCCAGCAUAUUGACCAUUUUCAAAUUCAUCAAAAUCAAAACUCGCUUCAUCAAUUCCAAAAGCUCUCACGAAUCAGCGCCUUCUUCUUCCUCCUUCUCCUUCUGAAACAGAGUGAAAAUUUUGAACUGUAUAUGGAAUUAUGGGACUGAGGUUUCGAAUCUGUAGCCAUACCCACAAGGUGUUCGAUGAAAAUCCUCAGUGGGUUUUUCUUCACACUAUUUGUUGAGCUGAAGAAACAGAGAAAGAAUUAUGGGUUCUGAAACUUUUGUAGAAAUCAUAUUAGCAAUUCUUCUUCCACCACUUGGAGUUUUCCUUCGCUAUGGCUGUGGGGUAGAGUUUUGGAUUUGUUUGUUGCUGACCAUAUUGGGAUAUAUCCCUGGAAUUAUAUAUGCAAUAUAUGUGCUGGUUGGUUAGAAAAGGAAGAAAUUUGAAAGCCUAGUUUUAAUGAAUGCCUCUUUUUUAUUUUGGUUUGUAGAAAGUUUGUGUGUUUAUGGCUCUUGGAUCUAUGUUGUUGUAGAACACUGAAUAGAUAUUAUCAUUUAUUGGCAAGUACUGAUCUGAUCAAGGUUUGUUGCCUCAUCUGGGUUUUGGUCUUAGGCAUCGCUGUCUGUUCUAAAUGGAAGUAAUGUUCAAAAUA